AUGGAAUUUUCCAGGCAAGAAUAUUGGAGUGAGUUGCCAUUUCCUCCUCCAGGGGACCUUGCUGACCCAGGAUUGAACCCACGUCUCCUGCAUCUCCUGCAUUGGCAGGUGGGUUCUUUACCACUGAGCCACCUUGGAAACCCUCUCUUCCUUCACCCUGCUCUAAUUUUGUUGAUAGCACAUACACUACCUAACAUUAUAUAUCUAUUUAUAUUAUCUAUUUGCAUUUGUUUCUUUAUUGACCCCACCCCAACCCCUGCCCCUCCAGACGCUCCAUCACAGGUAGAGAUUUUUGUCUGUGUUGGUCACCACUGUAUUCCAUUGCCUGGUACAUAG